AUGUCAGAUCCCAACACAACCCACUUCACCAACCCCUCCACCUUCAUCCUGCUGGGCAUUCCCGGCCUGGAGGCGGCUCAUGUGUGGAUCUCCAUCCCCUUCUGCACCAUGUACGUCAUAGCCCUCCUAGGGAACUUCACCAUCCCAUGCAUCGUGCUGACAGAGCCAAAACUCCAUGAGCCCAUGUACUAUUUCCUCUGCAUGCUGGCUGUCACCGACCUGGUCCUGGUGACAUCCAUCCUGCCAAAAACACUGAGCAUCUUCUGGUUCAAUUCCAGAGAGAUCGAAUUCAAUGCCUGCCUCAUCCAGAUGUUUUUCAUAAAAGGCUUCUUCAUGACUGAAUCAGGGCUCUUCGUGGCCAUGGCAUUGGAUCGCUACGUGGCCAUCUGCCAUCCCCUGAGACAUUCCACCAUCCUGACAAAUCAUGUUGUGAUCAAGCUCGGUCUGGCCAUGCUGCUGCGUGGCAGCAUAAUUGUCCUGCCCUAUCUCCUGUUGGCCAGGCAGUGGUCAUAUUGCAAAAAAAACAUCAUCCCCCACACGCACUGUGAGCAUGUGGCCAUAUUGAAUCUGGCCUGUGCCGACAUCAGCAUCAGUAACUACUAUGGACUUUUUGUUGUCUUUUUUGUGACCGGUCUGGAUGUGGUUUUUAUCAUUCUGUCCUAUUUCCAGAUCCUCUGGACCAUCUUCAACCUCCCCACGAAAGACGCCCGGCUCAAGACCUUUGGGACGUGCGGCACCCACCUGUGCGCCAUCUUAGCCUUUUACAUCCCACGUCUCUUCUCCUCACUUGCAUCCCGCUUUGGAGAGAACAUGCCCCUGUAUUUUCAUAUUCUGAGUGCCAACAUGUACCUCCUGCUGCCCCCCACACUGAACCCCAUCAUCUACGGGGUGAAGAUCAAGCAGAUCCGGGACAGGCUGUUCCGCCUCGUCACUCAUUGUGGGGGGAAUGUUUUCUCCUGGUGCUGUGGCUCUCAGGCAGAGCUGAAAGCUGACAGGGUGCCAGGCCCACUUCCCUGA